UGUCAUCCCUGUGCUGAGGCUUGUUGACCCUGCAUUUGUUGCCCCCCUGCUCCAUGCCCCAGUUCAAUGAGUCAUGGCUGCCCCAGCCACCUUUGGCAGAAGGGACUCCAAGCCGGAGGAGAUGAUUCGGGACAGAGAUGGUAUGCAGAGCACUGCAGGGACUGUCCACUAGAGUCCAGACAGGUCAGCUGUAUCUGUGGCUCUGGGGCUGCUUGAUGGCUGGAGAGGGCAGAGGCAACUCUUCUCCAUGGGCACAUGGCUCUGAAAAUAGAGUCGCCCUUAAUUCUGAGCAGUUAAUGCUUAGUGUGGCAUAGAGGAGAGAACUAGAGGUCUGGGACCUAUCCAGGUCCCAUCUGGACUCGAAAGGGGCCGUAUUUCAAUGCCAAUCUGGGAUUAUCUGAAGGGCACAUUUAGGUGAUGCCGGACUGUUACACACCCAUGUUGUGUCAUGCCAGGGAAUACCAUGUGUGUUGUGUUUAUGGCAGGUCAUGAUAACAUGUGCCCCUGUCAUAUAUCCCAGGAUGUGUCAGGAUGUGCCAGAGAGCUGCGAUUGACAAUGUGUCCCAGGUCUUUGCAGAGGCCUGUAGAGUGCUGUGCUGCUCAGAUGUGAAGACAUGGCAUGAGGCAGCCAUGUGACGGCAUGCUGGGACAUGCUUGUUCCCUGCCAGCCUGAGCGUUGUUCUCUCUGCUGCUGCAGACUGGUCUGGUCUGGUCUCACCUCCUUCCUCUUCCCUGCUUCCUUUUUCCUGGUUCCUUUCCUACACCCUGUGUUUGGAGGGGAGGUGGGCAUCCCUGGGGCUGGGAGCCCCCACCCUUCCCAAAGUCACCUUUCACCCACUCCAUGGCCCCUGAUUGUCCUCCUUCACGGCAGCUGUGGUGGCCCCCAAGGACAUGACUUUCUUAGGCUUCCUGAAGCCCUGGCUGGGGGAUGGGCUCUUCCUGAAUUCUGGUGACAAGUGGAGCCGCCAUCGCCGUCUGCUGACGCCCACCUUCCACUUUGACAUCCUGAAGCCCUAUGUGAAAAUUUUUAACAAGAGCGUGAACAUUAUGCACGCGAAGUGGAAGCGUCUGGCCACAGAAGGCAGCAUCCGUCUGGAAAUGUUUGAGCACAUCAGCCUCAUGACCUUGGACAGUCUGCAGAAAUGCCUCUUUGGCUUUGACAGCAACUGUCAAGAGUCUCCCAGUGAAUACAUUGCUGCCAUCUUGGAGCUCAGCGCCCUGGUAGCAAAAAAGUACCAGCAGGUCUUCUUGUACAUGGACUUCCUGUACUACCUCACUGCUGAUGGGCGGCGCUUCCGCAAGGCCUGUGACACGGUGCACAACUUCACAGAUGCUGUCAUCAAGGAGAGACGCCGCAUCCUCAAUAGCCAGGGUGUUGAUGAAUUUGUGAAGACCAAGGACAAAUCCAAGACUUUAGACUUCAUUGAUGUGCUCUUGAUGGCCAAGGAUGAACAUGGAAAGGAGCUGUGUGAUGAGGACAUCCGGGCAGAGGCUGACACCUUCAUGUUUGGAGGUCAUGACACCACGGCCAGUGCUCUCUCCUGGACCCUGUACAACCUGGCGAGGCACCCGGAAUACCAGGAGCGCUGCAGGCAGGAGGUGCGGGAGCUGCUGAGGGGCCGAGAGCCUGAGGAGAUUGAAUGGGACGACCUGGCCCAGCUGCCCUUCCUGACCAUGUGCAUCAAGGAGAGUCUGCGGCUGCAUCCUCCGGGUACAGACCUGGUCCGGGGCUGCAUCCAGGACAUUGUGUUGCCUGAUGGUCGAGUCGUCCCCAAAGGCAGCGCAUGCGUCAUCAGCAUCUUCGGAGUUCAUCACAACCCCUCAGUCUGGCCAGACCCUGAGGUCUAUGACCCCUUCCGCUUUGACCCAGAAAACCCUCAGAAGAAGUCACCUCUGGCUUUUAUUCCCUUCUCUGCCGGGCCCAGGAACUGCAUAGGACAGACUUUCGCCAUGAACGAGAUGAAGGUGGCGCUGGCGCUCACCCUGCUGCGCUUCCGCGUCCUGCCGGACCACAAGGAGCCGCGCCGGAAGCCGGAGCUGAUCCUGCGCGCAGAGGGCGGGCUGUGGCUGCGGGUGGAGCCGCUGAGCUGGGGGUACCUCGCCUAGGACCUCCUCACCCACCCACCUGCCUUUGAGGAUCCCUGAAUAAUCAGAGGCUCACUGUGUGCCAGCAGGGGGUCUGGAGGAAAACAGAGAUCCUGUUGGUGUGUUGGGGAAGAGGCUGGGUAGAUGUCUCUGAUCCAGAUUCCCACUGCCUUUGUUCACCAUUGACCUUCCAGGCUGAUGAGAGUUCUUUUCGCGCUUAAGUACUGGGGUUUUUAUUAAAAAUAAUUUUUAUUUACUCUGA